UUUUUCAAAAAUUAAAAUUUAGUUUAUAUAAGUAUUUGAGUUUUUAAAAAUUGUGAAUUAAGUGUACAAUUACAAAACUUUGUGUCAUAGGCAUUGGGUUCUGUUCUGUUAGUACCGAGGUGAAGGCGACGGCAUGUUGUGUGUUGCGCGUAUUCUGGUACUCGCGGCGCUGGGCCUACUUGCCAGGCCUUCUGCUGCCGGUAAGAAGUACAAUAUCACCAUCGGCUACCUGCCUUGCAUCAUGGGCUGGCACAGGGACAGGCAGGGCCUCGCCAUCUCUGGUGCACUCUCCAUGGCCCUGGAGGAGAUUAACAACAGUUCUGUGAUCCUGCCCGACGUGCAGCUGUUGCUGAAGUGGAAUGACACGCGCUGCGACACGGCGACAGCGACGCGGCUGCUCACAGACAUGAGCUGCUCCGGCGUCGUCGCCUUCUUUGGACCCGAAGGUCGCUGUCAUACAGAGGCUAUCAUUGCACAGUCGCGCAAUCUACCUAUGAUCUCUUUUAAAUGUUCCGAUUACCAAACUUCAACAUUGCCAAAUUUUGCUAGACUGGACCCGCCUGACACUCAGGUUACGAAUACUGUGUUAUCGUUAUUGAGGUACUACAGAUGGAAUAAGUUUUCGAUACUGUAUGAAGAGUCAUGGGUAACGGUCGCGAUGACGCUGGAGAACCACGCGAAGCAGAACAACAUGACGGUGAACCACCAGCGGCCCGUCAUCGACAGCUUCAAGUGCUGCGAGGACAAGAUGGCCUGCUGCGCUCCCGGCUUCUGGUACCAGUUCAUACAGGAGACCAAAAAUAAGACAAGAAUUUACGUGUUUUUGGGCUCAACAUCUGGUCUCAUAGAAAUGAUGACAGCCAUGGAGUCGAAACAAUUGUUCGUUAAGGGAGAGUACAUGGUUAUAUUCGUUGACAUGAUGCCAUGAUACUCUUCGAAGGAUGCAUUGAAGUAUGUAAUAAGUACCGAAGAUCGUGCCUCCAAACUGGUGUGUCCGAGCACUGCGGAGUUCAGGAAGCGCGCGCAGUCGCUGCUGGUGGUGGUGUCGUCAGAGCCGACGGGCGGGUACGCGAACUUCACCUCUAAAGUGCAGCAGUACAACAACAUGAAACCAUUCGAAUUUCCAUCGCCGACAGUUUUUGGAGGUAGAUUCACCAAGUUUGUACCAAGAUAUGCGGCAUAUUUGUACGAUUCAGUGAAGUUUCGAAUUGUCGCCGAAAUGAUCAAAUCCUCGCCAUAUAAAAGUGUGUCCGGUAUGUCUAUCCGCCUGGACGAGCGCGCGGACUCUGAGGGCAACUUCUCCGUGCUGGCCUUCAAGCCCACCAAUUUCAGCGACAACAACAUCAACUGCUCCUACAGCAUGCUGCCCGUCGGCAACUUCCAGCAGUCCUCACGCAAGUUCCCCGAAUACAAAUUAAAUCCUCGCCUGCCUAUCGACUGGCCGGGCGACGUGAAGCCCGAGGAUGAACCAUCUUCCGCGUUCCUAAAUGAGAAGUGUUUAUUUAUUUAUUUACUAACUAUUUAUUUAUUAAUUUAGUAUAGGAAGCAAUCAUAUCACAUUAAGAAAUGAAAGUUUGUUAAGAAAAAAUAUUUUUAACUAACACAGAUUUAAAUAAAAAAAUAUAUAACAUAGAACUGCAAACAGGAUAACAAAACUAAAACUCAGUAUGUAAAAAAAUAAAAUGAGGAACUGAUAUAACGCUCCUAAGGUGUAAAUUUGAAUCUUUAAAUUUUAAAAUGGUGGAUUGCUAGAAAUUAUGUUAAUUGUGUUAUAAACGAUUUAACGGUGCUCUUAUUUCAAUAUUACUUUCUUGUGUUCAAAGGAUGAAAAACCACCAGUUGUAGAAACCUAAAAGCUUUUGAAAAAUAAAAAGAAACCAGUAGAACCAGGAAUAUAAUGCGAUUUAAUAAAACCUUUAUUAGUGCAAUAAACUA